AUGUCAUUGUCAGACCAAUCACGAGGCCAUCACCCGAUGGAACCGAUUGAACACACAGUUCGCACAACAGACAAAUUGAAUGCAAUUCUACUCCAAUUGAGACAAUACUCGCAUCAAGUGGUGGACGGAUGUCAUUGUCAGACCAAUCACGAGGCCAUCACCCGAUGGAACCGAUUGAACACACAGUUCGCACAACACACCACUCCAGACACCACUCCAGACACACCUCAACCCUCGCAGCCAUCGCUGCCUUCAAUGACACGAAGCGAUGAAUUGAAAGCAUGCGUUGGAUCUGUUGAAUGGUUGACAUGUGAUGAAUGCGAGGCUGUCUUCGAGAAUAAGCUGAACCUCUCGGGCAGUAGUGAUGGCCACCAAUCCGGAGACAAACGAAAUAACAAUUGCGAAAAUGGGAAGCGAUUCAAGUGGAAGAGACCGCCGAAGAGACCAUCUCGACACUCGCGCCAGACAUCCAACUACUAUAGGAUGUGUAAUAAGUAUCAGUGCAGCGAAUGCUUCAAUUGGUUGCCAUCAGAAACCGCUUUAGAGACGCAUUCAAAUAAGUACCACAAGAACUCGAAACCCUUCGUGUGUGUCGUAUGUAAGGCCACGUUCUUCGCCAACCUCUCACUUCUCAACCAUUUGUCACAAACACAUCAAAUGUCUGCCUUUGCGUGCGAUUCGUGCGACUAUAAGACACGGACUAAACAUCACUUAAUCCAACACAUGAUCACACACUCCAAGGAUAGGCCCUAUAAAUGCCAUUUCAAAGGCUGUAACAAAUCGUUUAAACGCAAGUUUGAGUUAAUUCGACACAAUAUUCUUCAUAAGAAGCGCUUCCAAUGCAAGGAAUGUAAUGAGAGUUUCAAAGACAAUCCGUCACUUCUUAACCAUUUGUCUCUCAAACAUAAAAUAUCACUCUUUGAGUGCGAUUUGUGUUGUUAUAAGACAAAGAUUAAACACCAUCUGAUCCAACAUAUGGUCACCCAUUCCAACGAAAGACCAUUCGGGUGUCACAUCCAUGGAUGCAAUCAAACAUUCAAACGCAAAGACAUGUUAAUCAGACACGAAAGACUUCACCAGUAGUUACACAAUGUAUUCAUAUUAAUCAUACCUAAUAUUGUAUCACAUAUUAUAUCAU